AUCAACAGCAGCGAUAACACGUAACAUUCCUGCUAAACACAAGAACAACACAAAUAUUUGCAACUUGAUUAUUGGCAAACCCUGAUAACAAUUGUAAUGGUAUAGAUAAACUCCUCCACCAAGUGCGUCACUGGUCAUUAUCGCAAAAAAGAAAACCAGUUAUCAUGGUUCAGUCCUAAUACUCGUACCAUAAUUACACAAUAAUUACCCCCAUUCAUGCCUCAGCCACGCCACUGACUCAUGCCACCAGCGUGCUCCGGCGUCACUCAUCGCUGCAUUUCGGCUGCUUCUGUCAAUCAAACCUAACCUAAAAAUACAUUUCACGCUUCGCCCGUUUCUCGAAUACAAAAAGACAUAAAUCAAUGGUUGCUGGGGGUGAUGGUACAGGGAAGAGAGACUGGCGACCCUUCGUGUACGGUGGCCUUGCUUCUUGCGUCGCAGAGUUCGGCACCUUCCCCAUCGACACGACCAAGACUCGCUUGCAGAUCCAGGGGCAGAAGCUCGACAAGAACCAUGCCACGUUGAAGUACAGGGGCAUGGUUGACUGUCUCCUUAAAAUAGGCAGAACCGAGGGAGUCGCCGCUUUGUACUCAGGUAUAUGGCCAGCGGUGUUGCGCCAAGCCACAUACGGUACAAUUAAGUUCGGUACGUACUACUCGCUUAAGCGGAUUAUUGUAGAGCACAAUAAUGGGAAAGAGAGUGUCACCGUCAAUUUGUGCUGUGCUGUGAUAGCGGGGGCGGUUUCCAGCGCGAUCGCUAACCCCACCGAUGUGCUUAAAGUGCGGAUGCAAGUGCAGGGGAGCCACGGCAACGUCGGCUUGAUCGACUGCUUCAAAGACGUCUACGCGCAUGAAGGAAUCUCGGGGCUGUGGAGAGGAGUCAGCCCCACUGCCCAAAGGGCUGCUGUGAUUGCCGCUGUGGAACUACCAGUAUAUGACUUCUGCAAAAGUCACUUAAUUAAAACGUUCGGUGAUAAUAUUGCAAAUCAUUUUGUCUCUAGUCUUUUCGCCAGUUUGGGGAGCGCAAUAGCAUCAACCCCCAUUGAUGUUGUUAGGACCCGUUUAAUGAACCAAAGAAAAUUGAAGAAGAGCGGCGGUCCCUUCCCUGCUCACAUUUACACGAGCACCUCCGACUGCUUCAUUCAAACUUUCAAAAACGAGGGUUUCUGGGCAUUUUACAAAGGAUUCAUUCCAACUUUAUUCCGUAUGGGUCCUUGGAACAUAAUUUUCUUCAUCACUUACGAGCAACUAAAGAAACUGUAUUAAGCACUUAAGUAUUAAGACUAAAGGCAUUAUUUAUUUUCAAUCUGUACCAUGCACUUAACAAUAGUAUUCCAAAUAAAUACUUGCAAUCA